AGCGUACAAGAUCGGUGGAGUUAAGUUUAAACACACUAGUUAAAACACAGGUCGUCGAUAACAAUCGCGGGAAGAUCGUCAUUUGUGUGGUGAUCGGUCAACCGCGUCUACGACAAGCAGGAAGAUUGCUGAUAGCUGAUAAUAAAACACAUCAACCAUGAGUCGGCUCCACUGGAGGACAGCCCUGCGGCUUCUAGCCCUCACAUUUCUAAUCACACUGAUUCCGGAAGCAAACGGAUAUUCACCGUUCAUGAACAACCGUCAUGGUUCGUUCAGUAAAGCUCCUGAAAAUGGCACAUCGGAACAUUUGGCCAGCCCUUACAUCGCCCCGGGAGGACUGGCAGCUCUAGGAAGUAAGCAAGCUAACAAGGACAGCUUUGCCACCAGCCAGGGCAAGAACGCGUUCGAGGUGAUCUACCAGUGGAAGGUGAUUGACUUCCUGUACCCGAGUCUGCAGGCCCGGAACAAUGCCAUUCGAUCGAGGGCAUUCAUCCCGGAGAACAACCUGCCGCUGGGUGUAGACCGGUUCAAGAAUCGCGUCUUCAUCACUACUCCCCGCUGGAAUCCGGGAGUCCCGGCCACGUUGUCUUAUCUGCCGCUGCCAGUGCAAGACCAGAGUCUGCCGUUGAUUCCGUAUCCGGACUGGAGCUUCCACACGACCCCCCAGAAUGCGGACUGUAGCAAGUUGGUGUCGGUGUAUCGGAUCUACGUGGACGAGUGCGACCGGUUGUGGGUUUUGGACGCUGGAGUUAUCGAUACGUUGACGAACCUGCAGCAGGUCUGUCCGCCGAAGCUGUUGGCGUUCAAUCUGCACACCGACGAGCUGCUAUUUUCGUACGAGCUUCCUCCGGAGCAGGUCAAGCAGGACUCGCUGCACACGAAUGUGGUCGUUGACAUUCGGGAUGGUCAGUGCGAGGACGCUUUUGCGUACGUGGCCGAUGUGUGGCGUUACGGCGUGACCGUGUUCAGCCUGCGCGAGUUCAAGAGCUGGCGCACGACCAACUAUCUGUACAACCCGAACCCGGUGGCCAGUGACUACAACUACCAGGACCUCAACUUCCAGUGGUCGGACGGAGUGUUUGGGAUGUCACUGUCCCCGGUGCACCGUGACGGAGAUCGGAUGCUGUUCUACCACCCAAUGUCGAGCUUCACCGAGUUCCAAGUUCCAACGUCCGUGCUCCAGAACGAAACCAUCUGGCAAAACUUUGGCUUGGCGAAGGCCUUCCAGCCGAUCGGCAGCCGUGGCAAAACAGGUCAGUCCUCGACCUCGGGAGUUUCCCGCGAAAACGUGCAGUUCUUCACGCUGGUCCAGCAAAGCGGCGUCGGCUGUUGGGACCUGGCUAAGCCGUACAACCGCAACAACCUCGGAGUGGUCGAAAAGGACCUCGAAAAAAUCACCUUCCCGAACGACCUCAAGCUGGACCGUGAACCGCGCCAAUCGGUGUGGGUCAUCAGCAACAAAUUGCCCGUUUUCCUGUACUCCAAGCUGGAUUACACGGAGAUCAACUUUAGGAUUUUGAGCUCCGAAGUCCAGAAGGCCAUUCAAGGGACGGUUUGCGACCCACGAAGUCCACCAAAUCUGGCGUACAAUCGCGAGCCGGAGUGUGACCAGUGAAGCAUGAUGGCUUUUUUUAAUUACGGAGAAAAGUUUAAUCCUUGCCGGUAUGCGCCCCGGCGAAACUCAUUAGAAGGUAGUACUAGUUCUAUUGUUGCGAAAUAAAUUAGCCGGCUCGCUGCUGGGUACACCAUUUUUAA